GUUUUAAUAUAUGGAAACAUGUACUGGAUUCUUUCAUUAUUCACCUUUGAAAGACAUUUAGGAACAGAGCAGUAUCUAGUGACUGCAAAAUCCGAAUUAGCACACAUUGAAAAUAAGGUAUCACCGAAAAGAAAAUUUUGCUAUUUGCUGCAUUAGGUACAUUUAUAUUCAAUGUAUAACAGCUCAGUUUUGUUUAGGGGUCUUAUCUGUGCCACUGUCCAUUGAUGCUGUUCUGCCGACCCCUCACAACAGCGCCCCCGAUCUGGCCUUUUGAGUUGGGCGCAUCACGACUGUGCGCGCCACUAGCUCAAACUAUUGUGCAUAAAAAAAAUCGUAUUUAAUUUAACUUAGUCAUAGGUCAAGUGACCUUUUUCGCCGAUAAUGACGAUGAUGAAACUUGCUCUAUCAAAAAUACGUAACCGGCCCGUAAAUAGGUGCUUCAAGUAACUUAAUGCUUUCAACGAUGCCUUCCCACUAGCUAGCUACCCAACGCACCAAGCAGAAAUGUCAGUUUUUCGUGAGCUUCCAGAACGCACUCUUCAGUGACUAACAGAAAUGGUGGUCAUCACUAUUAUUACUGGUAUGUGUUCGCGUAGACGAGCCUCAUAGCGAACUUAAGAAGAGAUUCCUGGCUACGCUGGUGAGCGAUAGCCUCACAGAAGUAUGCUCGCUCGCCAACUUCGUAGAAGCAUUUUCUGUGGGUCUUUUGGACGCCACCGCGUCAUAGGCACGAUCGUUCGAUUCGAGCCUUCUCCUCAAUCAAUCGCCGAUAUACGAGUCAAAAUAUUAGCAGAACCCCCUUCCCUGCUGGAGGUGGCGAUGAGCGACAAGCCAACGAGAUAUGCCGCCAGCCAAAGCAGUCAGAUAUCCAUUUCUUCUGUGGUUGAACUUGGCGUUGUCAUAUCCGCUGGUGGCGUUCGCCGGCAAACAGCAUCAGUUCCUAACACAGCUUUAGAGGCCGUCUUGUGGUAACCAACGUGUUCACGGUGCGGCAGACAGUUUGCUUGUUGCCCCCCUUCCCGGCAGCUACAUGUUUGCUCCUACUGUAGCUGGCUCGGUCGCUGCCUUUUGCGCCUUCGUCAUCUGAUUGGCUGUCUGAUUGUCCCGUGAGUGUUCGCCUACUCCUCACAUAUAGCCGCGGCGGCAUCUAAGAAAGAACGAUGAUUGUAGCCUUCGCCUCGCGCUGUUGCCUUAGUUGGUGUCACUACCCGCCUGAAGUCGCUGCGGCCGUCGCCGCGGCCAUCGUCACACGAGCUGCCCCUGCACAAGCCGGUUUUACGGCACGCGAAGCACUGCAGAUCGAGGGAAUACUCAAUGUUUCGUCGUGUGCCAGCAUCAGUAAAAGUAGUCCAAAGUGUUUUCGUUGUUGUGUAUAGAGUGGCAUUAGCGCGGCCAGCGACAGUGUUUCGUCUCCAGAAGCAGCUCGUAUCAUUGCGCUAAUGUUGUUGCGCGGGCGCCGACAUAGCGCCCAAAUGCCUGUAUAUCUAUACAGGGCGAGCGAUUUAUAGUGUAUUAGAUGGUAGAUUUGUUACAAAACAACAUGCGAUUGCUUGUUUAUGUUCGUGGGCCCGUGUUGUUUGCAUGUGUAUAAUUAGCGCGUCAAUUGUCAUUUGAAAAAUAGUGUCCGUCUCCACGUGGUUCCGAAGUGAGCCUGCAGUGGCUUGAGGAGAUCGUUGUGCGCCCGGCAGCACUUCUUUGGAACGACUCGCAAGGCCAGAUCUUUCGUAUAGUUGUGCAUCGAACGGAAUAGUGGGAUUUUCUUCAAUGACACGGUCACUUGCUCACAAAUAUGAUGACUGUCAAUGAACCUCGAACCGAGAGCAAUGCAAUAGGAUUGUUUGCCCCUACUCAAAUCAGCCCCUGGGGUUGAGGUGUUGACGACACGUUACUAGGCGCCUAGUGGAUAAGAUCACGUAUUUGCGUCAGCAGAACAAAAUUAGAUCGGUCUUCUACGAUUUAGACGUCGUAGAGUUGUGUUCGUUGUUUUCGUGGUUUUUGUGCGCUUUCCAAUAAUUGGAUUUCACGCCAAGGACCAUUUUUGAUUUUGCACGUCGUAUCUCUGUGAAAAAGUUAUAUAGUAGCUAAUCUUUCGAUAAAUUAGUUUCGUCAAUUUUGGAUAAGUAAAGAAUACUGAACUUGCCUCGUUGGAUAUGCAAUACGAUUGCAGAGGUGGGCUAUACGGAAAAUGCGAUGGAUUGUUCUAGGACUAUUCUGAGUUGCUGUACCAUAGAGAACGUAGCUCAAUUCGGAUUGAAGAUAUGAAACCAACCCAAUAUUAUUAACCACUCCAAAUGCUGACCGUCCAACGCAAAGUUGAGCCCGUUCCGGGCCAAUGUCAGAGACCACGCACUUAGUGGUAGCGGCAGGCGCACCAGAGUCUCGAAAGAGCUAGACACGGGCGGCCAUCAAAGUUCGACAAGCUGAACUUACUUGCUGUUCUUACGGAUGUCUCCAGUAUUGCGGCCACAUUGAGUGCCUCUAGGAAAAGAUCAAGUGAAAUGAUGCUAACCAUCUCACCGGCAACGAACUCAUGGCGUAAAUAAGUUCGAGCGGACAAGAUGAAGGCGGAUUGUGUGGACAAAUGGGUGUCGACCGUGUUUCGCACGCUCGGCGAGUCGAUCGCCCGGACUCCUGGCUAUUACAUCGUCGUACCAGUCAUGCUAUUCCUGACGCUAAGUACCGGUAUGCAGCGCAUAAAAUACCAGGACGAUCCGGAGUACCUGUUUAGUCCACAGAAUGGCCAAUCGCACAAAGAUCGCGAACGGUUAUUUCAGCUCUUCCCCCAGAACACCUCGCAAGACUUCGAUUUGAGCCGGCUAGUUACACCAGAGAAAUUCGGCCGAGUGAUCUUCUAUACGAAGCCUGGACAGAACAUCUUGCGCAAAGGAGUGUUCGACGACAUACUCAAGGUAGAUCAACUAAUUAAAAAUCUGUCUUCGACCUGGGACGACGAUACAAAGAACUGGUAUGAAAUUUGCGCGAAAUCUGAACCGCACGUGUGUUUCACUAAUGACAUAUUCGACUAUACGAUAGGAAAAUUACGCCUAGUGCCCGAAGAGGAUCAGGGCAGUAACGCGACAAUGGGUUUAGGAAUCAAGUACCCGUUGCACUUCAUUAACGCGACCCGUGAGAUCUACUUCCCUGGCGGCUUCCUGGGUGAGAUCAGAACGGAUGAAAAUAGUGAGAUCGUCUACUCCGAAGCAAUUAAUAUGUUUUAUUAUAUAGAGUCGAGUACGCGGAAGAAGCGCUUACGAGCUGAACAGUGGGAGAAUGAUUUUCUGAAGGCGAUGCCUAAAUUCUGUGAGGACCUCGAGCAUGUGAAUUGUGCCUAUUUUACCUCUCUGUCGCUCACCCAGGAGUUGGAACACAAUACAACGAAUGUGGUACCCUAUUUUAGUAUCACAGUGUUCAUCAUGUUAGCUUUUACGGUAUCGACCUGUCUCAUGGUGGACAAUGUGCGCUCAAAGCCGUGGUUGGGUAUGCUUGGUUGCCUGGCUUCCGGUAUAUCGGUUCUUGCCGCUUUCGGACUUACAAUGUACGUCGGGGUCGAGUUCAUAGCUAUCAACAUGGCGGCGCCCUUCCUUAUGCUUGGAAUCGGGAUGGAUGAUACGUUCGUGUUGCUUGCGGCAUGGCGACGGACCGAUCCCAAAAAAUCGGUGGUCGAACGAAUGGGAGAAACCUAUAGCGAGGCUGCAGUGUCCAUCACCAUUACAUCGCUAACUAAUUUUAUCAGCUUCAUUAUCGGCGCAAUUACGCCAUUUCCGUCCGUGAGGAUUUUCUGCGUCUACACGGCUGUUUGCGUGCUAUUUACGUACAUAUACCAGGUGACUUUUUUCGGCGCAUGCAUGGCCAUUGCUGGGUACGCUGAACGACGGAAUCUCCACGGUCUUUUCUGUUUUCCGACCCUACCGAGAUCACUGGCAAAAGAUAAGCCUUUGUGGUUUAAGGUGUUAUGUAGUGGCGGUCUCAACCCCAACGAUCCCAAGAAUCCGAAAGACAAUCAGGAGCAUAUCCUGAUGGUGUUCUUUCGGGAUACCUGGGGAGCGGUCCUUAGCAAAGGUUAUGUCAAGGUCAUGGUGAUAGCCUGUUUCCUUGUCUAUAUCGCAUUCGGUAUUGCUGGAUGUUGUCAGCUUAAGGAAGGUCUUGAAAGAUAUAAGCUUGCAACGGAUUAUAGCUACGCGAAGACCUUCUUUAAUAUUGACGAUAAAUUCUUCCGGAAAUAUCCUUAUCGGGUCCAGAUAUUCACGAAUGUCACACUCGACUACUGGAACCCAGAGACGCACGAACAUCUGAUGGAUAUGUUGGAUGAAUUCGAAAGUAGUGCCUACAUUGGCAAUACGGAACUGACCGAAUGCUGGUUCCGCGAGUUUCGCCGCCAGGCCGAAAAUAAUCAGCAGGCGCAGGUGUUCCUCGGUUCAUUCGACCUGAACGUUAAGGAAGACUAUAUCAAAGCACUGCGGCACAUGCUCAAAGUGGAGCCGUUCUCAACGUUUAAGCGUGAUAUUAAAUUCAAUGACGAUUUCACCGAAAUCAUCGCGUCACGCUGCAUCAUUCAGGCGACAGAUAUCCGGAAUGCUAACGAUGAAAAGGAAAUGGUUCUCGACCUUCGUCGAAUCGCGGAGAACUUUCCGGAACUCAAUCUGUCCGUCUACCACACGCUAUUCAUCUUCUUUGACCAAUUCAUUCUGGUACGAAGCACCAGCUUGCAGAACAUAAUCGUCGCUGCCCUGGUCAUGGUCGUCGUCGCUAUAAUUUUUAUACCAAAUCUGUCAUGCGCGUUUUGGGUGUGUUUCUCGAUGGCGUCAAUCGAGAUUGGCGUGCUCGGCUAUAUGACCUGGUGGAACGUAAAUCUCGAUUCGAUUUCGAUGGUGAACCUCAUCAUGUGCAUAGGAUUUUCGGUCGAUUAUUCAGCACACAUAUCAUACGCCUAUCUCACGGCUUCUGAACGAGACCCAAAUGCGAAAAUGCGCGAAGCCCUCCACAGUCUCGGAAUGCCAAUCUUCCAGGGAUCUAUUUCUACGGUAUUAGGUAUUAUUGUUCUGGCGUUCGCGCCUAGUUACAUCUUCCUUACGUUCUUCAAGACUGUGUUCCUGGUGAUUGUGUUCGGGGCACUGCACGGCGUCGUCCUGCUACCCGUCCUUCUUUCGCUCACCGACGGAAUCUGUAAGAAGACGAGCCAGAAGGCCACAUUCGGCCUUGACGGCGAAUCACACGCGCCCGAAAAUGGUCACGUGGCUUUCAUCUACGGCAGCUCACCGCCACAGGGUCAUCAGUUGUACAAGCCCACGUUUGACAGCAUAGUCCACUUCGAAGCUGGUAAAGCCGGUGCCAAUGGUCAGGAGUACUUUUCGCCCUACAGUUCGCCGAACGGCACCUACCUAAACAAGGGCCUUGUCCUUGAGGGUGACGAGGGUUCGCUACGACUUGGCACCCUGGUAGGCAACGGUGAGCUUGUGGCCGAAGGUGGCGGCAAAGAGAAGCUCAAUCCUGCUUAUCUUGAAGAGGAAGAAGACAAAGAAGAGGCCGCCUCGCAAAAGUCCUCCGACAGCGGGCUGGCCGACACCGUGGAGUACCGCGAGCAGAACAAGGAAUCUCAGUCAAACAAACAAAUGUAUCAUAUAUAGAUAAGCACAUGCCCUAAAAGCAAAUCAGAAAGUAAUGAUUAAUAUUAGAAAUAAUGAUACAAAUAAUAAAUAACAAUAUUGUAAUGUUUGUAACGAAAGUAACAAAAACAUCAACAAUAUACGGAAAUGCAUAUUUCAAAAUACACAGAUAGCAGUAGUAAAGGGUGGAAAAAAUCGCCCAACGUACAAAAAAAUAGACACAAGAAAUUGAUGAAGUUAGUGUAAACUGAUUAUAAUGAUUGUGUGGUGAAAUCGAUAAAGAAAAAGGGAAAAGGUUGUUGUACGAAGCAUGAGAGGCUAAGACAAGUUGAAGUGUGAUGCGUGACUUCAUUGCAGAACCGGGAGACAAGGCCGUACUUAAAAUGGCAUGCCACGCACCAUUUAACUAACCGUUAUGGUUGAAAUGUGUGAAGCUAGUUACAAAUAUAGCGACUCUAGACUGCAUCAUUGUCUUAUAGUGUUGUGCCGUUAAAAGCUCUUCUAUUGUUUACUGAAAGUGCGCAGAUUGUUGAACUAGUCUAAAUAUUAUCGCCACUCAUUUAGUAUAUAUUAUUCGUUUGGUCCCACAUCGAAGCACUGAAGUGCUGCCCGAGCAUUUUCCGUGCGCGAACGAACCUGAGACGUCACUGGUAGGACAGAUACAUGGCCAUAACAUACGACGUGAUCAAAUAGGGAGAGCACCAAAUAGAGAUAACCCAGUAAAAAAUGUUAUUUAAUAGUAGUAGUUAACUGCCUCGUCGCUACCCUGUCUCAUGUAAGAUGACUAAAAUGGAAAUCAAUUAAUAUUUAGUGCUAGUAAUAUCUAUUCGUCGGUAUGUUGGAAUACAGUCCAAGGCAUCUGAGCCUUAUUUCAGUGUUACUUUCGACUUGUUUCAUAAUGUAAUCUGCAAUACCUUAUUUACUUGUCCAAUCCGUCGAGACACCGCGUCGCGCUUGCAUGGCCGCGCUUUGAAAAGAUCAGACGUCAUUCAUCAGUAUCAGGAAUAGCCCUUCUUCGAGGAAAAAGAUGUAAUCCUGCAGGUACAAUGAAAUCAUGGUUCAUAUAUAUACUACAAAGACAACAUGACAUAUAACUUUUUCCGUAGCACCUCGAUGUUAGACAAAGAUACACCAUUAAUAGAAAGAAACAUGUAUGCCUUUUCUGAGGUAUAAUGUGUACAAAAGAAAAUCAUGGCUGUACAUAGAAUGAUCCUUAAGGAAGACUAAUUAUAGGAGAGGAAACAAUAGCACGUAAGCUGCACUGAGAGAUAGUAAAGUUAGGCGAAUUCAGCCGUAGAUAGUCGGAUACAAAAGAAAGGUAAAACAAAGUAAUUGAAUGGAGCACCGGUACGUGUCAGAAUUAGCUAUAUUAUAACGCCUUCUACUAUGGUCGAAUUUUGUUGCCAGCCUGAAUUGUUUUUUGAAAUCCUGUGCGCAUGGCAGUGGAUUUGAUCUUGGUGGAAAUUCGGGCGCUUCGCGAACAGUAUUAGCUUCGCAUGGGCACGUUAUUGUGUGUACGAUGGACUGUGGCUGGUGGUCUGCUUCAAAAUUUAGUUCCCGCGAAAAAGGUCGUUUUUCGCGGACGCCAUACAAAUGACCCACCAUCAAAUUGGGCUCGUUCGACGCUAACUAGAUAGAGAGUAUCAAAAAGUAAAGUAAUGAUAAUAAUAAUAAUAUAAUGUAAGUGCAAGGAAACAGAAAGGAAAGAAUUACAGAUAGCUAAAACAUAUGGGCUACAAGAUAAUAAUGUACGAAGUGGUCGAGGUGAUGAGGAUCGGAGAAGCGUGAUUUUCUUUGCCAAUACUCUGAAGGUCAGACGAUGCUGAUAUAGUGGAAGGUCAGUUGUGUAAUAUUAUUUAAUUAUUAUUAAAAUUAUUAUUACAGUAAUAGGAACAAUGGGAGAAUGUUGCAUCGAUAUUGAUUAUAAUGAUGAUGAUAAUGAUUAUAAUCAAAUGUAUUUAUUGAGCGCAAUAACGCACGUUGGCGUUCAAGGGCAUAAGUGAAAAGGUAGCGAAACAAGAUAGACAACAUUCAAAUCAGUAUGAUGUUAACGUGAAGAACAGCGAAGACAUAGAACGUUAACACGUUUAGGUGAAUUUAUAGAUUGUCUCUCGAAAAAACAAAGGAAUGUUAAAGAAACAAAAUAAACUAUCCCUCGAUGUA